AGCUCCUCGUACAGGAGUACUGUGGGCUUCUGGUGGAGCACAUGUUAAAAAUAAUGAAAGAACAAGCAAUUUACAAACACCAAAACCUGGAGGAGGUUUGGGAAGAAAAGCAGAGCCUGGAGAGAAGCACCUCCGAUGUGAGAGAUGCUACACAAGACACGACCCAGUCAAUCCAUCCUUUUGAGGAAUAUCAAUUAACAUUGCCCAGCAGUUCAAGAACCUCAAGGCUGACUAACCUUCGCAAAGGAGGCCGACUCCUGCAUCUGGAGGGCAUGGCCUGAGGCAGCAUGGACACCUGGGAACAAAGUAGAGAACCAUCCAUGGAAGCUCUGGGCCUUACCUCUGGAUGGAAGAUUAAAUCGCCUUACAAGGAAAGUAAGCGCCCAGGGAGAUGUGUUGGAUCCUUACUGGAAGGCAGCAUGUCCAAUUCUACCUUGCGAAAAAUGUCUCCCACAGGAAAUGAUAUGAAGAGUACCACUCAGGGGACCACAUUGAGGCAACAGGGUUUUCAUGAGGUGAACAAAAGAAGGACUUUCUUACAAGACAACAGCUGGAUAAAGAAAUGUCCCAAAGAAGAAAAGUAA